GGUCAUCUUCAUUCCACCAACACAACACAGCAGCUGGCCGAUUCUGCUGGACGGAAUCAAUUAUUGAAGCUCUUUGAUAUACUGAGCUGAUCUAUGACAGUACUGGCGUCGCAAUGAGCAGCUGGCUCACCGUCGUAACGGCUCUCAGCUCCGCACUGAUCCGAAUUGCGAGCUUCAUUUUUCUGCGAUGGAUUCCAGGCCAUGUGUUUCCUCCUGUUAUAUUAACAUGCUCCGGACUUUACCUGUCAUCGACCUUUUUGAUACUUGGGACGGACGCGGGCGCUGAGGUACAAAAGACGACGACAGUUGAUAAGUCCAAGAUACAGACGCGCAAGCAUGAUACUGGAGAGACAGGAUCGACAUUCAAAUCACUUUUGAGCGGCGUGCCAUCGAAAAAGACGGUAUUCUCAACAACACUCAACAUCUUGAUAAACUUGGCGUUGACAGCCCUUACGCUGGACUUUCUGUAUCGUGGUCGCAUUCUGCAUCCAACUGAUGACCUUGCAUUCUCUCGAAUUGGCUAUGUGUCUCCCACGACGGCAAACCUACUGGUCAGAGAACCACACGUUAGCAACUUCCCCAUGACGAUAAAAUACCAAGAGGCAGCUCAGGUCGAUUCCGAUUACUGGGUCGAAGAAGGGAAGAUUUACCAACUUAAUGCAGUGAAAGAUUUCACAUUCCCAGUGACAAUAAAAAACCUCAAGCCUUCAACGCAGUACCGUUAUAGCCUGUCCAAUAACCAAACUGGUACUUUCAUUACUGCUCCACAGUCUGGGACACAAUCAGCAAGCAGACUAUCGUUUCUGACUUCGAGCUGUAUCAAGUCGAAUUUUCCAUAUAAUCCGCUUUCACACCCGCUUCGCAUUCUGGGUGUCGAGGAAUUGUCGCAUGCAAUCAAGAAACUGCCAUCUCUCAAGCGACCCUCGUUUAUGCUCUUUCUCGGAGACUUCAUCUAUAUCGAUGUGCCGCUAAGAUAUGGCUCCUCUCUAGAGGAAUAUCGAGCCGAAUACAGGCGUGUAUACUCCUCUCCAAGCUGGCACGAACCUGCAGAUGAACCUCCCAUUGAUCUACCUUGGAUUCAUACUUUGGACGACCACGAGAUUGCCAACGACUGGGAUAAGGGUAACUUGACACAUCCCUACCCCGAAGCAGUUGAUCCUUAUCAUCUGUAUCACGUCAGUGUGAAUCCUCCCAUCCCACCAUUACCAUAUGCUACCCCGGAAAAUACGACGUAUUUCUCUUUCAUCCACGGUCCCGCAUCGAUUUUCAUGCUCGACACUCGCACAUACCGCACGACAGCUAACCUCUACAACUCUACAAUGCUGGGCUCCGCACAACUCAAGUCUCUCCUAGCAUUCAUCGCACGCCCAGAAGCAGCAGAAGUAAAAUGGAAAAUCGUGGCAUCCAGCGUUCCCUUCACAAAGAACUGGCACGUCGGCACGCAGGAUACAUGGGGCGGAUUCUUAGGCGAACGUCAAGUCGUUUUGAAAGCAAUGUGGCGGGCUGAACGAGAACUCGGCGUUCGCAUCGUUCUGCUAAGUGGUGAUCGCCACGAGUUCGGCGCAACUCGUUUCCCGGAUCCAAGCUAUGGAUUAAGCUCCAAUGAGCUUUCAUCAGGUACAGCAGAUGCAUAUGGAAUUCAUGAAUUUAGCGUUGGUCCAUUGAAUAUGUUCUACCUGCCCAUUCGAUCGUAUCGCCAAACUGACAGUGAAGAUAUAAUGGUCAAAUACGUUCCGGACGGAAAUAUCAAAUUCGGUCAGAUUGAUAUUGAGCUCUAUGAUGGUACUGGCGGCGAGUCAGAUGUUGUUUAUGACCAUCUCGAAGGCCCUCAUUCAGUACUCACGUACUCGUUACAUGUUGAUGACAAGAUUAUAUGGAAAUAUCAAUUAUCCAUCCCUUUACUGCCCGAUGAAAUUGGUACUGGUGCUCAGGCACGUUUACCGCCUGGUAAGGUUCUAUUAGAUGACGCGCAAUUGCGUGGCUGGGGACUACAGGAGGGUAUUGGGUAUAUCGAAGAGAAGGCGAAAAUUGCUUGGGAUGAUUUGAAGGAAAGGAUUGCUCCGUUCUUGAGUUGGGAGAGGAAGGAGAUGAGGGUCGAUUAGAUCAAUGUGCGCUUUGGUCAUUGCAUGAGACUCAAUGUACAAGGGACAUCAAUUAAUAUAUAUUGUAUCUGAAUGAACUUAGUACAGCUACAAAUUCGUUAUCAAACGCCAGACGCCAGACCUCGUGUGAUCUCUUCAUGCAUCAUGCCUGUCAAGUAGAAAAGAACGUACGUUGAAAAAGACAAAAUCACCGUCCUCUUCCUCUACCACCUCCUCCACCCAUACCACCACCACCCAUAAGCCCACUCAUCUGGCUCAUCA